AUGACCACCGUCCAGAAGAUCAAGGAAGUCGAAGAUGAGAUGGUGACGCAGAAGAAUAAGGCCACGAGCUACCAUCUCGGCCAGCUCAAGGCCAAGCUCGCGAAGCUCCGGCGCGAGCUCCUCGGACCCACGGGCGGCGGAGGCGGUGGGGGAGGCCCGGGUUUCGACGUCGCGCGCACGGGGAUUGCAACAGUAGGGUUCGUCGGCUUCCCAUCAGUGGGAAAGUCGACCCUGAUGUCAAAACUCACGGGCACACACUCCGAGGCGUCAGAGAUCGACUUCACCACACUCACCACAGUGCCCGGAACGGUUAAGGUGCAUGGAGCGCCGAUACAAAUCCUUGACCUACCCGGAAUCAUCGAGGGUGCAAAUGAUGGCCGAGGUCGUGGACGACAAGUUGCUCGGACCUGUCACUUAAUCUUCAUCGUCCUCGACGUACUAAAACCCCUCGGCGACAAAGCCAUCAUUGAGGGUGAGUUGGAAGGAUUUGGCAUCCGACUCAACAAGAAGCCGCCAGCAAUCACUGUACGCAAGAAGGACAAGGGUGGCAUUGCGAUCACGAACACUGUCCCUCUCACGAACAUUGAUCAUGAUGAGAUCAAAGCUGUCCUCAGUGAAUAUCGUAUCAACAAUGUAGAUGUCGCCAUCCGUCAAGCAGGUGCAACCGCUGAUGAUUUGGUGGACGUGAUCGAGGGUAACAGGCAAGUCCUGAACAAAAUCGACGCUAUCUCUAUAGAGGAGCUGGAUCUGCUCUACCGCAUCCCGAUGAGCGUCCCCGUCUCAUCCCGUGAAUGGUGGAACAUCGACGAGCUCAUCGAGAUGAUGUGGCAAACGCUUAACCUGGUUCGAGUGUAUACCAAACCUCGCGGUCUGGCACCAGACUACAGUGCUCCCGUCGUCCUGCGACGCGGGAAAUGCACGGUUGAAGAUUUCUGCAUGGCCAUCCACAAGGAAAUCGCAAAGCAAAUGAAAUACGCGAUUGUGUGGGGAGCAAGCGCCAAGCACGCACGAGGUCAGAAGGUCGGACUAGAUCAUGUUCUGGAGGAUGAAGAUGUUGUUCAUAUUUCGAAGAAGUGA